ACGGUAAGUUCGUCAGCCAUAUUGACUGUCUGUACCUCUUCUCUGGUGUGGGAGCUUCCACCAGCAGCAGCAGCAGACCGUAUCACUGCACAGUGUCGGUACGCAGCGUGUCCAGUAAACUGCGCAGAGGACGGGAAGGUGAACCGCUCUAUUUUUACUCUGUGUGGAUAUAUAAAGUACCAGCUGGAGGGAGGGUGACACUUGGACACAUCCUCCUCAGCGCAGCCGGGCGUUAGAGGCGCUGGUGCCCCGGAGAACGGCAGGAAGACGGAGGACGAUUUCUUUCUGUUUUGUCAGCAAAGGGGGACGGGCGGAGAGAGGAGAAAGAUGCCCAAACCGAUCAAUGUGCGCGUCACCACCAUGGACGCUGAGCUGGAGUUUGCCAUCCAGCCCAACACAACAGGCAAACAGCUCUUUGACCAGGUGGUGAAGACAGUGGGUCUGAGGGAGAUCUGGUUCUUCGGCCUUCAGUAUACAGACAGUAAGGGCUACAUCACGUGGCUCAAACUCAACAAGAAGGUGACCCAGCAGGAUGUAAAGAAGGAGAAUCCUCUGCAGUUUAAGUUCAGAGCAAAGUUUUUCCCAGAGGACGUUUCUGAAGAGCUCAUUCAGGAGAUCACCCAGAAACUCUUCUUCCUACAGGUUAAAGAGGCCAUUCUGAAUGAUGAGAACUACUGUCCUCCAGAGACAGCUGUGCUGGUGGCCUCCUACGCUGUACAGGCCAAAUACGGAGAUUACAGUAAAGACAUCCACAAGCCGGGAUACCUGGCUUCAGAUCGGCUACUGCCACAGAGAGUUUUAGAGCAGCACAAACUAACAAAGGAGCAAUGGGAGGACAGAAUACAGACGUGGCACGAGGAGCACAGAGGAAUGCUCAGGGAGGAUGCGAUGAUGGAGUACUUAAAGAUAGCUCAGGACUUGGAGAUGUACGGUGUUAACUACUUUGAAAUUAAAAACAAGAAGGGCACAGAGCUGUGGCUCGGGGUCGACGCUCUGGGACUCAACAUCUACGAGCACGAAGACAAGUUGUCACCAAAGAUCGGCUUCCCUUGGAGUGAAAUCAGAAACAUCUCCUUCAACGACAAGAAGUUUGUUAUCAAGCCCAUCGACAAGAAAGCUCCGGACUUUGUCUUCUACGCCCCUCGACUGAGGAUCAACAAACGCAUCCUGGCAUUGUGUAUGGGAAACCACGAGCUGUACAUGAGGAGGAGAAAGCCCGACACCAUUGAGGUGCAGCAGAUGAAAGCUCAGGCAAGAGAGGAGAAACACCACAAACAGAUGGAGAGAGCACAGCUGGAGAACGAGAAGAAGAAGCGUGAGCAUGCAGAGAAGGAGAAAGAGCGGAUAGAGCGAGAGAAAGAUGAGCUGAUUGAGAGGCUGCGGCAGAUCGAGGAGCAGACGCAGAAAGCUCAGAAAGAACUGGAGGAGCAGACCCGUAGAGCUCUGGAGUUGGAGCAGGAGAGGAAGAGGGCAAAAGAAGAGGCUGAGCGGCUGGAGAGGGACAGGCAGGCGGCGGAGGACGCUAAGGCGGCACUGGCUCAACAGGCAGCAGACCAGAUGAAGAAUCAAGAACAACUGGCUGCUGAGUUAGCAGAGUUCACAGCCAAAAUCGCUCUGCUUGAGGAGGCCAAGAGGAAAAAAGAAGAUGAAGCAACAGAAUGGCAACACAAAGCUCUGUCAGCACAAGAAGACCUGGAGAAGACCAGGGAGGAGCUUAAGUCGGCCAUGACGUCUCCGACAGCUCCAGAACAUGACGAGCAGGACGAAACGAACGCAGAAGCCAGCGCUGAGCUACUCAGUGACGGCGUCAGCAGCCACCGCAGCGAAGAGGAACGCAUCACAGAGGCGCAGAAGAAUGAGCGUGUCAAGAAACAGCUACAGGCUCUGAGUUCAGAGUUAGCCGAAGCCCGUGAUGAUACCAAGAAAACACAGAACGACAUGCUGCACGCCGAGAAUGUCCGAGCGGGCAGAGACAAGUACAAAACCCUUCGCCAGAUCCGCCAGGGCAACACCAAGCAACGUAUUGAUGAGUUUGAGUCCAUGUGAGCCGGGAUGAAGAGUGGACACAACCUUGAAAAGAGACUGUUGGUCUCAUUGCCAUGUCAACGCCUCACUUUCCUCAUAAAGCCCAAAACCUGCUGCCACGAGGACCUCCUGCUUGUUUUUCUAUCCAGGAGAAAGACCGGCUAAUGGGCUUUGUAGCUUCAGCCUCGCCAAAGCUCUCCCUAGCAGCGAUUGGCCAAUCACACUGCUACCUGCUUUUUAGAGCUCCGCCACCAACCUGAUGAAUAAAAGCACACGUUUUAAUAAAAUAGCAAGCAGCUUAUCCUGUCAACAUGGACCUCUCCCCUCUACGAUACUGACAGUUUUAAUGCUUGCAUGUUUGAGAAUUAAGCAACAACAGGACUGUUAGAUUCAAUGAGAGACUGGACAGAUUUGGUUGAUAUCGUGCUUUUACUCAACAAAAUUAAAGGGCCAUUUGUAGCUUGUUGAUGUUGCCGGCACGCUUGUCUGUAAAGCUUUAAUAUCUGUACCUUAUUUUACUUCUUUUGUCAUCAGUUUAUCAAUUUAAAUAACUUGUUUUAAAAAAGAAAACGCCUUAUUUGUCUCAUUUCCCUCCUUUUCAGUAUUACGUUUUGUCAUCCUGUGUUUGAAAAGUUCAUCUGCUCAUUUCUGCUGGCAGUGGCAUCCACAUGUUUAGUAGGUCUACAUCAGCUAACUUAUCCUCUUUAAUGUUUUUUAAAUGCUCAUUCAGACAGCUGUGAGAAUACACAUUGACAAACUAAAAUGUUUUACAUUCUUACUGUGUUGGUUUAAUUCUGUUUUUCCCCCAAAAUAAAGAAUGAAUUUAUAUUUCUAACUGUG